UUCCGGGUUACGUCACGGUCUUUUUAAAACCGCUUCUGGUUUGUUUGUGCGCGAAAUGUUGUUGUCCUGACAAGCUACUUACGGUCAAGCCGCUUGGCGUUUGGCGCCGAUCAACAUGGAGUCUCUGCAAAGACAUCGCUCGCUUUAUAAAGGAACGACUCCACCGUGGAAAGAAACAUAUCGCAAGCGCUGUGUGGAGAGGCUAAAGAGCCGCCGCUCGAGGUUGCUUGACCGAUAUCGCAACUUGGGGGAGGGCCUCAAGUGCGGCGGCCCGGCGACCUCCCUCAUCGUCCAGGAGGUCAUGGCGGAGGAAUGGACGGCUCUGCGGUCCGAGGAUGGCAGAUUGCCGUCCCUGUGGGGCCCGGGCGGCAUUGCGGAGAUGCACGACGUUGUGAAGGAUCAUGACGAACUGGCGGUUUUGGCGGAAAUCCAGCAGGAGCUCCUGUCUCGUGAAAUGUCUAUUAUCGAAGAGUACGAGAGAAACCAAGAAUUUGAGCAGCAGUAUAUCUCGUCCGUUGUGGAUGGCUUGGAAGAGGCUCUCGUUAUUUGCCCCACGUGCCGCACGAGCUACUUGAACAUCAGCAGCCAUUUCAUCUCUUGUCCAUGUGGACUGUACAUAAAUACGAAGAUGAAGAACAUCACCGCAGAUGUCCUGCGGAAUCUUUUGGAAUCCAGAGUGACGGAGCACAUGGAAGACUGCCCCUACAACGCCGUCUUUUCAUUAGCAUCCGAUGCAACCUCCUCUCGCAACCUCUUGAUAAGUUGCAAGGCUUGUGACUACCUCGCCAUCGUCCUAUGACUUGGAACACACUCAAUGAAAGAUUGGAUUUAAUGCUCAUGUAAAUCUGUUUAAAUAAAGGUUAUUUUUCUAAUACUUAAUUCAGAACUAUUUCGUAUUAAAAGUGGGUUCACAAAAUGCCUUGAACCACUUGAUGUGAAGUUUAAAUUGGGUUAGAAGUGUAUUUGUUAUGUUUUUUUUUUAAUCUAAUAAACGCAGUACAAUUAUGUAAUAGUUUGAAGUACCGGUAUAUUGUAUUGAUUAUAAAAAUGUGUAACUUUUUUUUUAAUUCACUCAAUAUCAUUGCACAACAAAACAAUGUCCAAUAAACGUUGUGUCAUUGUUGAA